AUGCCGCAGGGUUACCCAUUAACUGCAGGAAUUUCUGGGGAGGAGGUGAGCGGUGAGCGGAGGCGAGGGGCAAUGUGGGUCUCCUUAGACUUUGCUCUUGUCGUGCAUAUAAAGGGCCGCAGUGCCCCGCGGGCCACUUCGCUGGAGGGACGCGUGGAUGUGGCAUGUGGACAUGGCGCUGCCCUGAGUGCCCGGCCAGCCCCAGCCUCAGCAGGAGCGAUGCUGCCCUUCCAGAGGGAGAGCCCGGCCCUGCCCCGCUGCCCGGUGCGGGGAGGAAGGGUGGUGCACGGGCCCCAGUUCACCUACUGCCCCAGCCCCCAAGCUCUGCACCGGCUGCCGGGUGCCCACACCUGCCCCUUCACCGUCGAGCUGGGGUGCUGGGCCAGGGUCCAGUCCAUCUGUGUCUCCCUUCUCAAGGUGCCCCUGAUGUUCGGGUUCCUGUACCUCUUUGUGUGCUCCCUGGACGUGCUCAGCUCUGCCUUCCAGCUGGCCGGAGGCAAGGUGGCCGGGGACAUCUUCAAGGACAACGCCAUCCUCUCCAACCCAGUGGCCGGGCUGGUGGUGGGCAUCCUGGUGACCGUGCUGGUGCAGAGCUCCUCCACCUCCACCUCCAUCAUUGUCAGCAUGGUCUCCUCGGGGCUGCUGGAGGUGCGCUCUGCCAUCCCCAUCAUCAUGGGCUCCAACAUUGGCACCUCUGUCACCAACACCAUCGUGGCCCUCAUGCAGGCUGGCGACCGCAGUGAGUUCAAACGGGCCUUCGCCGGUGCCACCGUGCACGACUGCUUCAACUGGCUGUCGGUGCUGGUCCUGCUGCCACUGGAGGUGGUGAGCGGGUACCUGCACCACGUCACCCACCUGGUCGUGGCCACCUUCAACAUCCGCAGUGGGAAUGACGCCCCUGACCUGCUGAAGAUCAUCACGGAGCCCUUCACCAAGCUCAUCAUCCAGCUGGACAAGUCAGUGAUCACGGGCAUUGCAACGGGGGAUGAGAGCCUGCGCAACCGGAGCCUCAUCCGUGUCUGGUGUGGCCACGCACCUGCACAGGUGAGGGUGGGGCUGGGCCGGCCCCAGCCCCUCGUCCAGCUGUGCUGUGGGGCAGGCGAGCACCUCUUCACCGACACGCCGCUGCCCGACCUGGCUGUGGGGCUGGUGCUGCUGGCUGGGUCCCUCGUCGUGCUCUGCACCUGCCUCAUCCUCCUGGUCAAACUCCUCAACUCCCUGCUCAAGGGGCAGGUGGCCAAAGCCAUCCAGAAGGUCAUCAACACUGACCUCCCGCACCCGCUCAGCUGGCUCACUGGGUACUUCGCCAUGGUGGUGGGCGCUGGGAUGACCUUCGUGGUGCAGAGCAGCUCUGUCUUCACCUCAGCCAUCACACCCCUGAUCGGCCUGGGGGUGAUCAGCAUAGAGCGCGCCUACCCACUGACCCUGGGCUCUAACAUCGGCACCACCACCACCGCCAUCCUGGCCGCCCUGGCCAGCCCCGGGGACAAGCUGGCCAGCUCCUUCCAGAUUGCCCUCUGCCACUUCUUCUUCAACAUCUCCGGCAUCCUGCUGUGGUACCCGCUCCCCUCCCCCCGCCUGCCCAUCCGCAUGGCCAAGGCGCUGGGCGAGCGCACGGCCAAGUACCGCUGGUUCGCUGUGCUGUACCUCAUCGUCUGCUUCCUCCUGCUGCCCUCCCUCAUCUUCGGCAUCUCCAUGGCGGGCUGGCAGGCGCUGCUGGGGGUGGGCGCACCCUUCCUCGGUCUCUUCUUCUUUGUGGGGCUGGUGAACCACAGCCCGGCCGAGCAGUGCUCGGGGGCCCAGCCUGGCCCCCACCACCAGGUCAUUGACAGAGGCCGGUGGAGGGACCUGCCCAUCACCGCUUGCUCCUCCACGCCCUGGCCACCACCGACCUCGCACCCAGCGCAGCCCCACCGCCACCAGCCGCCGCACGCAAGGCGGGAGGUAGGCAUCGCCGCGGGCUGGAGAGACGGGAGCCGUCGGAAGGCGAAGGUGACGUCCCCACCCGAAAGCCGGAAGGAGCAGGAAGUGGGGCAGGCACAACCCGCUAACGGGUAA